CUAAAAUCAAGCUUGUUUCCUAAAAGCAUGAUGUGACUUUAGACCUAUUCAAGUGAAACUCAUCACCAUUUAUCCUCGCAUCUUCUCGAGAAAUUACACAUCCAUGGAGCUCACAACAGCGCUGACACUCGUGACGGACGCUUACUCCAACCAGACCGUCAGGAAUAAGUCGUCGGAGGCCUGUUCACGUGACAGCGCUCUAAAGACAACCGUGUUCCCUCUUCUCUACACCAUCCUCUUCAUCCUGGGCUUGUCGCUCAACAGCCUGGCCGCAUGGGUGUUCCUCCGAAUCCCCAGUAAAUCUCACUUCAUCAUCUAUCUGAAGAACAUUGUGGUGGCCGAUAUUAUCAUGACCCUCACCUUCCCCUUCAAGAUCCUCGCCGACGCGAACUUAGCAUCAGUCGGCCAGCGUGUGUUCGUCUGUCGCGUGUCGUCCGUGCUCUUCUACCUCACGAUGUACAUCAGCAUCCUGUUCUUCGGCCUGAUCAGCAUCGACCGUUGCAGAAAGACCAUGUGGCCCUUUGUGGGCACCAACGCUAGACGUCUACUAUACAGAAAGCUCCUCUCGGGCUUCAUAUGGAUGUCGCUGUUGGCUCUUUCACUGCCUAAUGUAAUUCUGACAAGCCGGCCCAACACUUCGGAUCGCUUUAAAUGCAGUGACCUCAAAACAGAGAUGGGGCUGAAGUGGCACGAGCUGGUCAACCACGUGUGCCAGGUGAUCUUUUGGGGAAACCUUGUAACGGUGAUAGUAUGCUACACGCUCAUCACGAAAGAGCUCUUCAAGUCUUACGCCCGCACACGAGCUCAACGCCAGGCAAGACCAGGACCGAACGCCCCUCACAAAAACAGCAUUCAAGCCAACGUGUUCCUGGUGUUGGCGGUCUUCUUUGUUUGCUUUGUUCCCUUCCACUUCGCCCGAGUGCCGUACACCAUUAGCCAGACUCGUGGACUCAUGUUCAGUUGCCAGCAGAAGCUGUUAUUCUUUCAGCUGAAGGAGAGCACGCUUUGGCUUUCCUCCCUUAAUUCUGUGCUGGAUCCGCUCAUCUACUUCUUUCUCUGUAAGUCAUUCAGGAGCUCGCUGUUUAACACCAUGCGUCUGUCUCCGGGCCGCUGCAGGGCGCUCAGGGAACUCGGGACGGACACGACCAGCACUCCUCAGGGCAACACGCAGACAUGAUAGACAAACGCUCAGACCUUUUUUUGUCGGGAGCACUCUCAUGUAUGUGAAAAUAUUGUGGUUCUCCUACACUAAUAAUCUUACUGACAUUAAUAUAACUCUUGCUUAAACACAUUUUCAUGCUGUAAUGACUACGUGGGCGAAUCAAAUGUUUUAGAAUAUAUCCUUGAUUCAAGGGUGCCAGCAGACAUUCUGUCUUAAAGUGUACCUGAAAAACUCAUACCUCAGAGUCAGGCAUUGGAAUAACAUUUACAUAGAACAUAGACAUUCUCCUAACUUUAAGUAAUUUUGCAACUACAUGUCAACUUAUUCUGCUAACCCUAAUCAUAACAGUUUACUAAUACUCUAAUGUGAGCUAGUUAACAUGUACUUGCAAAGUUACUUAUUGUUAGUAGGACGUCUAACGUGGACUAUCAGAAUGAAGCAUUACGGGCAUUAGUUAUUCCAUCAUGCGACUCGUUCAAGUCUGAAACAUAACACAUAAGUAGUCUAAACAAAUGAAAAUAAUUAUAUUGUAAACAAUAAACCCAAAUAGCUGACCAUGUAAUGGUUCAGACAUUAGUGUUACAUAAAGCAAACCAUGAAAGUUGAGUGAUCACAUUCACACUUAAAUUAACUGAAAUACAGCAAAUAAAAUUAAAUAAUUUGUCAACCCAAAAGUAAAUUAAAACAAACAAAAUUAAAAUAAAGAUCGUAUUUCUUUUCUUUUUUUUUUCUAUUGUUUUAUUAUUAUUAUUAUUAUUAUGUUCUUGAAACUUUUCUUGAAAAUAAAAGAAUUCUGCUGUAAAGCAGCUUGAAAGACAACAGUGGCAUAGUUUAGCUCAAGUAAAUUAAAUAUUGAUUGAGUUGAGAUCAUAUGUGAAGUUAAUUCAUAUUGUGCAUUUCAUAAUAAUAUUUAAAAAAAAAAAAAGAAUAAAUAUAAUGAAUGUUGUGGAACUAACUGUCUAGACAUCGGUCACAAACAUUAAAAUAAAAACACGUGAGGCCCUAAAUGUAGAAAAACAAGUAGAAAAAAACUGCAAAAUAUUGUAGACAUUACUGUAAUGCAGACAGAGAUAAAUGCUCCUACAUCAGUUAAAUUCCUGCUUCUGUUCAUUAAAAAAAAAUGUUACAUUAAUACAUUAAUAUAAUUAGUUACAUUAAUGCAAUAUAUAUUUAUACAGCGGUAAUAAGUAUUGAAGACAUCACCAUUUUUCCCUGUAAAUAUAUGCAUAAAUGUGCUGUUGGCAUUAAAUUUUUCACCAGAUAUUGAUAACAACCCCAGCAAUCCAUACAUACAAAUAAAACAAAACAAAUAAUUUCAUAAAUUGGGAUCGUUGUUUUGCUGAAAUGCUCAUCGUUGUUUUAUUGUCAUCAUCCUGGUACUGUAGGUGUUAAUAUUAAUUUCCACUGACAAGGGGCAGGAUUGCCCUUUCCAUGCCUUUUUGCGCCUCCCUUUCUUCAUCUGUUCAAUACUUUGUCCUCCUGUCAUUCCAUUUUAUUACACAUAAGUUAAUUUAUGAACUUAUUUGUUUUGUUUUCUUUGUAUGUAUGGCUUACUUGGGUUGUUACGGACAUCUGGUGAAAAUUUCAAGUCAACAGCACCCUUGGAAAUAUGGUGAUGUGUUCAAUACUUAUUUAUAUGUAUCAUUUAUAUGCUGUAUAUGUGUGUGCCAUAAUAGUAUGGCCAAAAGCAAUGUUAUCAUUUUUGUGUGUGUGAUUUUUAAAACAUGUAAACAAGUCUUUGACUUGCAACAAGUUGCUGUUUUCAUAUGGUUGUUUCUUCACAAGAGGAACUUCCCAAACUUUCUGUUCCAGUGUUGCUGCGUACUGUCAAGAAUAAAACGUAAUACCUUUUUAAGAUUUGAAUUAAUCAAAUUAAUAUCUGUUCUGGAUCUGUGCUGAGAAGAAUUAUAUUGAAUCAUACACUGUACAUACAGACAUAAGCAACAUUUACCUAUUUAAACAAGAACUGUAAAAUGUGGGGACAAGAAUUAUUUGAUGACUGAAUUGACUGAAUUAGUUUAUUGAAAUUAAAGGAAUAAAAUAACUUAUUUGUGAAAUUUAUUUACAAACAAACAAAUAAAUAAAUGUUCUAAACCAGAGACUGGCAAUCUCCAUCCUGGAGUGCCGCUGUCCUGCAGUUUAGCUCCAGCCCUAAUCGAACACACCUGAAGAAGCUAAUCAAGGUCUUUAGAAUUACUAGGGCUACAGGCAGGUGUUUUUUUUUUUUCAGGGUUAGAGCUAAACUCUGCAGGACAUCGGCACUCGAGGACCAACGUUGCCUAUCCCUGAUCUACUGUAGCUUUAAAGUUUGUGUUCUUUGAAUUCAGUCAAAAAAUAACCCUGUGAGACAUACUGAUCUAUCUUUGGUCACUCAUCUUUAUUUCAUAAGAAUUCAAGGGUCAGAAUUCCCCAAAUUUUUGUAUGCAGUGAAAUGUGAAACUGUUUGCUUUUUCCUGCAUUCACAUGUGAGUGAAAGUCAGUGAAUACAGAUCUAAUGUGACUGCCUUUAAACCCACCAGUGUGAAUCUGCAUGAAUCUACAGUAAUCAUUUUCUGAAAAUAAUAUUAAGAACUUAUUUUUAGAAUAUUUGAGGGUGGUGAUGAUUAUGUUUUAACAAUCAUAAUUUGACCUGAAUCCCUGAACUCAUAUAGAGUUAAAUCUCUGAGUUAUUAUUAUUAUUAUUAUUAUUAUUAUGAUUAUUGAUUUAUUCACAUAGUGAGAACAAAAGUUCAUAGUGUUGAUAUAAUCAAUAAAGAAAACCUAACUCCGUUUUUUCAGGUCACUACAUGAUAAUUCCUUCAAAACAUAGUCAAUCCCACAUGAUCAUCGUUCCACUGGUUUGUCUGGCUGUUAUAACUCAGCUGCAGCAGUUUUACAACACAAUCUAAUGUUAAAAAUUUAAGGGUCAAGAUCCCAACUAAUGUAAACACUGACCACUAUAAUGUUUUUUUUUUUUUU